GUGGUCAAUUGUCAAAAAAAUCUUCUCAGUUCAGUUUGAGUCUUAAUUGUCAACUUUGACUCCUAGAAUUCACUAUUCUAAAUCUCGUAAGCUACCUGACACAUCUCCUGCAUACUUUUAAGUUUCAUGCAGGGUAUUAGGAUGGCAAAGCCUCAAAAUCUUGUCUUUGUUUUAGUUGCAUUAUUAAUCUGGCCUUCUCAAAUGGCUGUAAAGACUAACUCCAAUGAGAAGUCAACUGAUACACCCAAACCUGAAUUGAAUAUGGCAUAUGCCUCUCUUGAUGAUCAGUAUAAUGGCUGCAUGGCAAAUAUGAAGAGCCUCUUGCCCUCACUUCAUCGAAGUGAGCUUCAGGAAUCUACACUGUAUAGUGAAGCUUGGGUGAAAGCCCUGUUUAACUGGCAGGACAAUCAGACAUGGAUGUAUCCAAGGAAUUUAGAAGAACUCUCUGAAGUGGCGGUCUAUGCAUAUACUUUAGCAUUCCCUCCACUCUAUAAAGAGUUCAAUUCUGCCACCCGCACAGCAGCAAAAGGAGCACAAGAAUAUGAGGCCUACCCUUUCAAGUCUCUCCAUUUCCUAUUAACCUGGGCAACAAGAUUCUGGGGAAAGAAAUUCAGGUGUCAGCGAGUCUACAGGGGGACCAGUGUGAAAUUUUCUAUUGGCCGCUACUUCCGGUUCGGGCAGUUCACCUCCACAUCAGAGGAUCCUGAAGUGGCUAGAUAUUUUGAGACAGUAACCUUCUUCAAAUUGAUCACCUGUAAGGGGAUUGCUAUAAGUGAUAAGUCCUAUUUUCAGCAUGAGGAGGAAGUGUUAGUCCCUCCCUAUGAGAUGUUCAGGGUCAAGUCGAUUAAAAAAACCUCAAGGAACAAGACUGUAUUUGCCGUUUCUGUGGGAAGUUGCAGCAACCACAACUGUAUUUUUGUGGGAGAAGGUUCGAAUCAUACCAAGAGUUGUCAUAACCAUCAAGUGCUGUAUUUGUGAAGCCACAUCUUGCCAGCAACCAAAGAUUCCAGCCUAUCAAGACUUAAGCUUAGCAAGGGCCUCUGCAAAUUUCCCAUUGUCUUUGUUUGUGUGUAUGCAUGGAUCAGGCUGCAUUUACACUGCAGAAUUCAUGCAGUUUGACACUGCUUUAAUUGCCAUGGCUCAAUGCUAUAGAAUUCUGUGAUCUGUAGUUCUGUGAGACAUCUAGCCUUCUCUGUCAGAGAGCUCUGGUGCUACAACAAAUGACAAAUUCCGGGAUUCCAGGGGCUGGAUUCAUGACAGUUAAAGUGGUGUCAAACUGCAUUAGUUCUGCAGUGUGGCAGCAGCCCUAGACUCUAAUGAUGGCUCAAAAUGUCCCCAUCAAUUUAGUUGUCCUUUUAUAGGUGACAAAAUAGCAAGUAGCAGGGAGAGGAGUUUAGUUGUUUUUGAAAGUGUUCAGUUUAGACUCCAGCAGUUGGAACAACAAUCCUCUGUGAAGAUGGCAGUUGCCCUUUCCUUUUCUGAGCUCCACUGAGGAUGACAAUAUAUGAAAAAGGAUUAUCCUCACCCCCCUCUCCCUGUUAUAGUCUGAGGGAGAAAUAAAAAUGGCAACUGCCAGCUACACUGAGAAAUAUUGCUGCUGAUGGUGGGACAAGCACUACCACAAAGGAGGUGGCAGUGGCUGAGAAAGAUAAACUGGGUUUAUAUUUUUCAAGGCUACUCUUCUCUCUCUGCUUCACUUGCCAUUUUGACCCAAUAAUCUUCAAUCAGACUCAAUGUAAUAAGAUACAUAAAUAGGAUUUUCAAAAUCAGAUUUUUGGAUUGUCUCUUCCUAUUUUCUACUGCUUCGCAAUUUCAAAAAGCUUCCCUAUCUUUUUUUUUUUACUGACAGGAAUGUGACUUAUUGUUGUG